UGUGAUUCCUCCAUUCUGUCCAGAAUUCUAGAUUGUGAUUACAAAGGUUACCUAAGAAACCAAUUGCACUAAUACCUUCCACAAAGAGCCCAUGACACAUGUUCUCCAAUCAGUUUACUCAAUGAAUCUGGAGUGGAAAGCGAUUUGUUGGGCAUGUACAGAUUCAAAAGAGUUGCUUUUGGUCCUCAUGUGGAAACUUGGAUCCUGCAGCUACAUGUUCUUUGUUCAGCAUUAAUCUGAACAAAGGUUAUGCAGCAAUAUGGAACAUACAUUUCAAGGAGCAAAUUUGGUAUGGGAUUUUAUACCAAAGUACAAAGGAAAGAUCAGCACAGUCUUUACUCUUCCAGAUUCAGGAGCAUUCUCUUCCAGAUCCAGGUAUUCUAUGAAAAGACACUUUGCAAAGAUGCUCCAAGAAGAAGAAGCAUCUCCUAGGAGAAGCAUCAAAGACCAGGAUCGAGGAUGGGCUUGGAUGGUCUUAGUAGCCACAGUGCUGGUUCAAGGUCUAACACUGGGUUUUCCUUCAUGCAUUGGAGUCUUCUUCAAGGAUCUGCAGCGUGAUUUCCACGCUACCAAUAGUGAGACAUCAUGGUUCCCCUCCAUCAUGACAGCUGUCCUCCAUGCAGGUGGUCCUCUUUGUAGCAUUUUGGUGGAGCGAUUUGGCUGCAGGAUAACAGUCAUGGUGGGAGGCCUGCUCAGUGGAGUGGGCAUGGUUGCCAGUGCUUUCUCCAACUCACUUAGCGAGCUUUACCUAACAGCCGGAUUCAUUACCGGCCUGGGAUCAUCUUUUAGCUUCCAAGCAAGUGUCACCGUACUUGGCUAUUAUUUUACACAACGGCGAGCAUUAGCCAAUGCCCUGGCCUCCACUGGGGUUUCCCUUGGCAUGACGCUGUGGCCACUAAUUUCCCAAAACCUGCUUGAUGAGAUGGGUUGGAGAAACUCAUUUCUAAUCUUUGGGGGAGUGUUGCUGAACUGCUGCGUGUGUGGGGCUGUGAUGAGGCCAGUCCCAGGUAAGCUGACUGCCCUUUCACUCAAAUCUUGUUCUGAACAGUCAACUGGAGGAAUGCCGAAUGGUAACUCUUCGCAUCAUAAAGAACAAUGUCAGUCAAGAUUUACUGCGUGUUCCCAGACCCUGAAGAAGUACCUAGCUUUUGAUAUCUUCUGCAAGAACAAAGGCUACCAAAUCUAUACCCUUGGAGUUACCUGGAUGGUGAUGGGUUUUGUGCUGCCUCUCGUUUACUUGGUGCCCUAUGCCAUCUUGAAUGGAGUGGAGGAACAGAAAGCAGCCCUCCUAAUUUCCAUUAUCGGAUUCAUCAACAUAUUUAUGCGUCCAAUGGCAGGCCUUCUCUCAGGCCUUAGUAUCUUCACUGGCAGGAGGAAAUACCUCUUUAGCGCAGCUGUGAUGUUCAACGGCCUGAGCAAUCUCAUCUGUGCUGUUUCAGCUGACUAUAGUAUUCUUGUCCUCUACUGUUCGGUCUAUAGUGUCUCCAUGAGUGUCAUCGGUGCACUUCUCUUCCAAGUGCUAAUGGACGUAGUGGAAAUGGACAGGUUCUCUAGUGCCUUGGGUCUUUUCACCAUCUUGGAAAGUAUCACCAUUCUGAUUGGACCCCCUCUUGCAGGUCUUCUUGUGGAUGUUACAGGACACUUUAGUUAUGUUUUCUAUGCUUCCAGCUUCAUCAUGGUAUCAGCUGCUCUGUUCAUGGGUAUUAGCUUUUGCACAUUGGAAGCAAAAAACAAAUUGAAAGAAACUAAUAAGCCACCCCCUGAAGAUCCCUCCAAAGGAAAAUACACAGAAGUGCCAACUGAAUUUGUGCCUAUGAAAAACAGUCCUCCUGAAGUAAUCUAUAUAACAAGCAUCUGAAUGCAAAGGAGCUGAAAGAAUAUUGUAUUAUGCAAAAAUGCAAAAGCUGGGGGAAAGGACAUCACACGAAGAGAAGUGCCUCUUUUUCAUGCUCACUUCCUUCCUGAUACAGUGGUCUAUUCAACUGGGUUUGGUUCAGAUUUCCAGAGAAAUUAUCCAGAUAGGAAGAUACCCAAGCACUAAGGAGCACUUUAAACAAAAUGUACAGGAUGCAAGUCUUAUGACAGCAUCUGAUAUUACUUGAAGCAUAACAAAUUACUGUUAUCAGGUUUUCUUACAGACUCUUAGUAAAAACAGGACAUUCACCUUUUUGGUUAUUAAUUAUCUUGUUCUCUAAAACAAGCAAACUGACCAUAAUAUUGCUUGUAUGGGACUUUUGGUUUUGAGGAAGUCUAUUGGUAGCAGUUAAGCUUAUAUUGAAGUCAACUGGUGGACUUCUUUCCCAGUAUGAGUGCAGAAUUCUUAUUUAUUAAUCUCUACUGCUAGUUUCUUAAAUGUUAAGCAGAAUUGUUCAUCCCUGUUUUAUAAUUUGAGGGCAUUUUCUAGAGGAAUGUAUCAUGCCACUUGAAGCAACCUGAGUGGAAUUAUAUGCACUGCUAUAACCAAAGUGAAUAUUUUCUGCAUUUCAAGGCCUUUUAUGGAGACAAUAAAGUUUCAACACUGAAACUGCAAGUUAAAGUGGAUGGCUCCUAAGUGCCUAUGCAUUAACCAAUGGUGUCUUAAAUUUUUCUUCCUCUUUGAAUAUAUGUUGCUACAAAGAAAGUAUCAUGAGACUUUCUAGAGCUGUGGUGGUUCAGUGGUUAGAAUGCAGUAUUGCAGACUAAUUCUGCUGACUGCCAGCAGUUCGAUUCUUACCGUCUCAAGGUUGACACAGCCUUCCAUUUUUCCGAGGUCAGUAAAAUGAGGAUCUAGAUUGUUGGGGGCAAUAUGCUGACUCUGUAAACUGCUUAGAGAAGUCUGAAAAGCAUUAUGAAGUGAUAUGUAAGUCUAAGUGCUAAGUCAUGACCAUACAGUGAGGUGGACAUCUUAUUUUUGGAGGACCAGUAGAUCCUAUCACUUUCAAAAUGUCAAUAUGGUACAGGAAGCCAUGUUUGUUCUUGUCUUCACUGGGAUAUAGUAGGCUUCCAUGGUUUCUGUAGAGCCAAAUCUUUACAUACAUAAAGAUAUGUAUAGGAGCAAAAAAAUAAUAUUGUAGGUUUAAAGGAAAUUAAGUGUUAGAAAUGCUGCUUCUCUCAGGCAAUAGGUCGAAAUAAAGACAAUCUCUGUUCUGGAUUGGAAUUCUCAACAAAACUAUACAGUUAAGAGGAUUGUAUUUCUCUUAAAUCUGUUUCUGUUUUACUCUGAACAUGGUUUGCUUUGCCUAUUUUUUUUAAAAAAAACAGCAGUAUUUAUGAACAUGAGUAUGUUUCAACCCAGGCUAGUUUACUUGCUUUUGACAGUUCAGAUUUUCAUUUCAUAUUCUACUCUUCCAUUUCUAACCUCUCUGUAAACAUUCGCCUUAGUUAAGUCUUCUGAAGUCCAUACUGGUUGUUAAUGAAAGAAAAUAUUGGCUAGGAACUCAAGCACUUUAAAACAUAUAGAUUCAAAAGAGCAGAUGUUGAAAUGAAGUAAGAAGGAAGUCACAGCCCUACGGAUCAACCUAAAAGUUGACUUUAAUCUAUAUGAAUUGAAAUGAUAGGAAUGCAGGAUUGGCCCAAAGCAUAUUGGUGUCUGGAAGCAUUAAAAUUAGCCCAAAAUUACUUUGUGCUUUGAAUAACUGGGGGGUGGGGGGAGAAGGGAAAAAUGAAUUUUCUAGAAUUGUAUGAGUGAAACUGAACACAUAGAUGGCAUGUCCACAAACAUGAUUUGGAAAAACCCUACUCUGAAAGUCAGACCUCCAAUCUUUUAAAGUCUGGAUGUAAUUUUUUUUCAGCAUGAUACAAUGAAAAUAAUCUUGUGUAUGUGAAUCUCUGUGACCGUAGUGUAUACAGAGUAGAAAGAGGAGGAAAAUCUAUCUGUAUAGGAUAAACAAAAUGUAUUUUCAAUCUUAAACACACUUCAGUUAUUAAAAGCCUGGUACCAAAAUUAGAGUGUGACAUAUCAUGAAGAAUACUUUGACCUAUCAAUAGCCUGUCUAUUACACUUAAGUGGAAAUUUAAAAAUCGGUAGCAGUAAGGGGUUGCUGCUAUCUUUAUGCCUUACUUUUAAGAUGUCUUGAGGUCAUCUGACUGGCUAGUGUAGUGGAAAGAAAAUAAUUACACUAGGUAAACUUUAGUCUAAAUUCUUAGAUUUCUUACAUUAUACAAAUCUAAAUACCCCAAAGUUCUAAUGCAAGAAUGUAAUAACAUUUAUUCAAUAUUAAAUACUCUUCACCCACUGAAUUGAACCUUUUUUUUGAAAAUUAUAAAUUAUUUGAUAGGAAGGUUGGUUAGAUGGUUUUGAAACAGAAAAAUGAUACCUAGGUAGACUUCUGUCUUAAAGUAAUUUGCAAUGCCUUAGUUUCUGGAUUGUGGUCAGUUUAUUACUAGAUAACUAAAUUAUUUACUGGAAAUUUUAUGGGAAGCCUUUCAAAUAUCUAUGUAAGUCAAAUGUACUCAGUAACACUUGCAAACUUGGAAGCAAUAAAGUGUAUCAGUAGAGAAGCUUUUAAAAGAGAACAAAGAGCCACUGUGCUUGUUUCAGGAUUAAGAGACACGUUAUUUCUUUUUUCUGAAUACAUCAUUUGAAAAGGGUCCAAGUCUGCUUUUUCUAUUCUUUUUGAAUAAAGCCUCUCUACAUAAAGUU